CCGUUGACGUAGACAGACCGUUAACGCGUUCAAAUUGUAUAACCUGGGUGAUGGUGCAGUAACAAAUGUUUUUAAGUGACCUAGACUUUCUUUGAAGCAGCCUCCAUGAACAACCUGAAUGACCCCCCGAGAUGGAACAUUCAACCAGACCCACGAGAAAGGGGGGAGGGAGGCGCAGAUGGCAACCAAUGGAACUAUGCCCUGCUGGUGCCUAUGCUGGGUCUGGCUGCAUUUCGUUGGAUCUGGACCCGAGAGUCUCAGAGAGAAAUCGAGAAGGUCAAAUCCAAGUAUAACAAGGAUGUGUUCCUGGUGAAAAGUGAGAUGGAGUCACGGUACGAGGAGACAUUAACAGAGAGGCGCCGAGCCGUGGCUGCCUUGGAACUGGAGCUGGAGAAGGAGAGACAGAGGGUAAAAGGCUUCAAGCAGGCCAUGAUCUCCCAGAGCCAUCAUAUGGUCGAAGAACGGAAACGUUUACAGCAGGAGCGUGAGUGGUUGGAGGAAGAGAAGCAAAGAUAUAUCAAGUCCGGAGCUGGAGGGGCUGUCCUGCAUCAAGCCAUGGAGCAACAGAACGAGUGGUUUCAGAGAGCCAACGCCACUCUGCGUGAGCUUGAGGCUCAACUUGUGGAGCGCCAGAAUGCCUACUGUUCCCUAAUCCUGCCUCGAGACAAGCGCUUAGAGAUGGAGAGAAACAUGCUCCUGAAAGCAGUCAAAGAGCCUGUCACGGAUGAACUUAAUCUAGAGGCUGAUCUUCAAGAUAUUUUUAAGAGGGAUAAGCAUUGUGCAAACCUGAUGAACAUGGACAAGAGAAAGAACGGAAGUCUCAUGUGGGUGUAUCUCAAGUACUGGCAGCUGCAGGUCACUGUUCAGAAACACCAGAGAAUUGAGGCGGCCAUCUUAGCGAGAAAUAUUAAGCCUCAAACAAAAUGAUGAAUAGUUGGGGCGAUGGUUUGUGUUUGACUCGUGGAUCAGAAAUGGAAUAUGCACGAAGUUGUGACCUUUUGUCACAUUUUAAAAAAUGCUGCAGAUUAGUUCUUACUUAAGAUAUCCAAAUAAGACUUUUUAAAAUCAUGAGAUACAAAUGCACAUAGAUGAUAUCCACAUUGGAUACGCAAUCAAAGCUUAGAAUAUAAACAAACAUGUUCUUUUGAUUUUUUUUUUCACGGUUUGUGUCAUUUAACUUUCCAGGAAAUCUAACGUUAAUUUACUAAAUCUUUAUCCUCAUCGUCAUGAGACAUGCACUUGAUUGUCAACGUUUAGUUUCAUGCUGCUUGAUUGAAAGUUAUUUUAUCUUGAAAUUCCGUGGAUUGUGUCGAUACUUGCUCCUAUCCGACUCCCAAGUCUUCAAGUUCAUCCCUGAUAAGAUGUCACAUAAGGUGACUCCUCUAUUUGAUCAAUUGAACAAAUAUCAGAAGAGGGCACCGAGAGGUCUUUGGUGAUCACACGAUUGCUGAAGUACCACUUGACCCUAUAUACGAAGAAAAUGUUAAGUUUGAAUUUUCUUAUGUCAAUAUGACAAUCAUGUUUUAAUUUUUACCAUAUCCUUGAGAAUAAGAGCUCAAUUUUAUGUUUAGAUGCAUAGACCGUAAACAAUCUACAUUUUGCACACAAUAAAGCCUUGGUGCAGGAGUUGGGUGCACGUUCUGUGUUCUUCCUAUUAAGUAUGAAAACUUGUCAAGAGUUGAGGGGGAGCUCCCAUGCUACUGGUUUGCCUGAGUGUAAUAGAACGGUGUGAAAAAG